CAGCCCGGGGUGGGGGGAACAGCCAGGGCGAACAAAGAGCAAUUAAUGCGAUAGUGGGAGGGGGGCAUUUCUCCUCCGACUUUCCCCUAGAUCCCCCACGACUUUUCCCAUAAAGGCUGUUGUGAAACGAAAGACGCAGAAGCGGACCAGCGAACGCAAUUCAAUGAGGUGCUUAUGAGUUAACCAGCAGCAGGACGGCAGCCAAGGAACACGGGGACGAGGUCUGGAUUGGAUCAGCAAGCAAGGUGCCAGGACUCAAGGGCUAGAGGUUAGCGCAGACUGGAGGGCAGUAGGUGACCUAGUUUAACCGAGCACAAGAAGAUUAGAGGACUGGCGUUUCUGUGGCAUACUACUGGGGCUGUUCUGUUGUGUUAAUCGAACUUAGAGCAUCAACGUGCACUGCCAUUAGCUGUAACCUAAAUAUAUAUACCUACCUAACGUAAUUAGAGUACUUGAACCGACGACGCAGAAGCAGCAGCAUGUCCAACUCCCACUACAACAAUUACCAGCAGCAGCCGCACUCAAGCAACGGGGAUGGAGAGUACCAGAAUCAGCAGAUGGUCCACCAGCAGCGGUUCACCAAUGGCCAUGGCAUGAAGAGCGUGGCGUCGCCGGAAAUGUGCCUCUUCUGUUUUGAGGUGCUCGACUGUGAGCUGAACAACAUGGACGGUCCGUCGGUGCCGGUGUUCAGCAACGAUGCCUACCCGCUUUUUGUGACCUGGAAGAUAGGUCGUGACAAGCGGUUACGUGGCUGCAUCGGCACUUUUAGUGCCAUGGAACUGCACCACGGACUGCGUGAGUACGCCCUGACCAGCGCUUUUAAGGAUUCUCGGUUUGCGCCCAUCUCCAGGGACGAGUUGCCGCGGCUCACUGUUUCGGUGUCCAUUCUGCAGAACUUCGAGGAGGCCCAGGGCCAUUUGGACUGGCAGCUAGGGGUCCACGGCAUCCGCAUCGAAUUCCUAACGGAACGCGGCUGCAAACGCACGGCUACUUACUUGCCACAGGUGGCCACCGAACAGGGCUGGGACCAGCUGCAAACCAUCGACUCGCUCCUGCGCAAAGGCGGCUAUCGCGCUGCCAUCACCCAGGAGUUGAGGAAGUCCAUAAAGCUGACACGCUACCGCUCGCAGGAGAUCCAGAUGCACUACAAGGAGUACCGGGAGCACCAGGAACGGCGCGCCCAGUUCGGCAAGGUGCAGUGCUAACAAUUGGACAGGCCGGCGGCGAGGCGAUGAUCCUGGCUGAGGGCAGGCCUGCUGGCCGUCGUCCUCCUGUUGCUGCUAGCCUUUGAGUUUGGGCCAGCUUGGCGGCCGCUCGCUUGAUCCGAAGUUUUUGUUUUCCCACAUCUCCGACAAACCAUUUCAAGCCCACACAAAUUCUCCAGAAAAGGGGCGCGAGAUGAGGCCCUUUUAUUAAAUAUACCAUUAAAUGCUUGAUAUACUUAAGCGGCAAAUCCGUACGCAAUUUCGAAAGAAAAUAAAGCGAAAAGUUAAUAAAUGCUAGGUUGAAAGCCCUUGUAA